CUAUACUUCUCUGUCCUGGUCCGCACUAAGGCAGGCGAGUAUUACGCUAGUGUUCCGUGAGAGUUUGUCUGGCGAUGCAGUGGAAAUAAAAUCUAUCCAUCCUUAUAUCCUUAUUGCUUCUAGUCCUGCCAUUACUGCUAUCAUGAUUUCCGACGUCUUGGCCUGA